AUGUCGUCGAAGACUUCGAGCUCAAAGAAGAAGGCAGGAACACCAGUUCCUACAGAUUCAAGUCCAGCUAAGAAAGUAAAGAUCCCUAAAAGUUUCAUAGUGAGGCCUUCGCUUAAGUCAGACAAUAAGAGUUUGGUAAAGGUGUAUAUACAAUCAGAAAUACUUCAAGCAUUAGAGAUACAAACUGGAGGGUUUGUAUACUUAUCGAAAUCAGAUAGUGGACUUCCAGGAGUUUUAGCAACCAUUCAUAACGAUGAUGAUAUAUUGGAUAAGAAUAUAAUCUUAAUAUCAUCCAAUUUAAGAGCCUUAGGAGGUCUUCUAUUAGGUGAUAGAAUCAACAUCAUAAAGUAUAGUAAACAACCCGCAUAUGCCAAUUCACUUGCUGUGAGGUUAGGUUCAGAUGAUGAGAAUGUGUAUGAGCUCACUACUGAAAUGAAGCAAGUUGUUGACAAAGCUUUGAAUGACAUAGGGCUAGUUUCCCCAGGUUUGACUAUUGAUGUGGAAAUAUCGGUAGAUGAUAACAAAGAGAAAGUACAACUACAAAUAAUAGACAUAAAUGAAGAAGAAUCAGUCGAACAAGCAUUGCAAAAGCUUUCUAUCAGCGAUGAAAGCGGAGCAGUGAUCAGUGAAACAGUAUCCCCCACCUAUCUUUACAACAAAUCAAAAGUAAAUCUCAAUAAGAGCGAUUUAUCAGGUCCAUCAAAGAGCAAAUUCCCUCAAUUACCAAAUUUAUCAAAUUAUUCAGAAGUUGGUGGAUUAUCAAAACAGAUUGAAUUAUUAAAAUCAAGUAUAAACUUACCAUUGCACAAUCCUACAUUAUUUUCUGAUUUUGGAAUAUCACCUCCUAGAGGAGUAUUAUUACACGGUCCACCAGGUACAGGUAAGACCAUGCUUUUGAGAUGUGUGGCCAAUGAAGCAAAUGCCCAUGUUCUUACCGUUAACGGACCAUCUAUUGUCUCCAAGUAUUUAGGAGAAACUGAAGAAGCUAUUAGAGAUAUAUUUAUCGAAGCACGAAAAUUCCAACCAUCAAUAAUUUUCAUGGAUGAAAUUGAUUCAUUAGUCCCUAGUCGUAAUUCUGAUGAUAGUGGAGAAACAGAAUCAAGAGUAGUAGCAACUAUGUUGACCAUGAUGGAUGGAUUAGGUGAAAGUGGUAGAAUCGUAGUAGUUGGAGCUACCAAUCGUCCUAACUCCAUUGAUGCUGCCUUAAGAAGACCAGGUAGAUUCGAUCAAGAAGUUGAAAUCGGUAUACCGGAUGCCGAUGCAAGAUUGGAGAUUUUAAUUAAAUUAUUUGAAAAGAUGAAUUCUUCAAAAUGUGCAUUAUCUAAAGAGGAUAUAGCAUUAGCCGCUUCAAAGACUCAUGGGUAUGUUGGAGCUGAUUUAACUGCAUUAUGUAGAGAAGCAGUCAUGAAAGCCAUUAAUAGAGGAUUAAAAUUGAGUAUACCUCAACUGGAGAUUAAAGUUAAUAUAGAUGAUGUUUUAGAAGCACUUCCAGAAAUAAGACCAUCAGCCAUGAGAGAAAUAUUCUUAGAAAUGCCAAAAGUAUAUUGGUCUGAUAUUGGGGGACAAGAGGAAUUAAAGAAAAAACUUAUUGAAGUGGUGCAAUUACCACUUGAAGCAUCGAAAUCAUUCCAGAACUUAGGUGUACUGGCACCUAAGGGUGUAUUACUUUAUGGUCCACCUGGUUGUUCAAAGACUUUAACGGCCAAGGCAUUAGCCACAGAAUCAGGAUUAAACUUCUUGGCAGUUAAAGGUCCGGAAAUCUUUAAUAAAUAUGUGGGUGAAUCAGAAAGAACGAUUAGAGAAAUAUUCAGAAAGGCUAGAACUGCAUCACCUUCUAUUAUAUUCUUUGAUGAAAUUGAUGCUAUAUCUGGUGAUAGAGAUUCAAGUACUACAUCUGCAUCUCUGAAUGUAUUAACAUCAUUAUUAAAUGAAAUAGAUGGAGUCGAGGAAUUGAAAGGGGUUGUCAUAGUUGCCGCUACCAAUAAACCCACCGAAAUUGAUCCUGCUUUAUUAAGACCAGGACGACUUGAUCGUCAUAUAUAUAUUGCUCCACCUGAUUAUGAAGCACGUUUACAAAUAUUAUCUAAAGGUUGUUCAAAAUUCAAUUUAGAUAAGGAUGAGAUCCAACUUGAAACAUACGCUCACUUAACUGAUGGAUGUUCUGGAGCUGAAGUGGCUUUAUUAUGUCAAGAAGCUGGAUUAGCCGCUAUCAUGGAAGAUAAAGAAGCUAAUCAAGUUGUAAAAAGACAUUUUGACCAUGCUAUAAGCGGCAUUUCUAAAGGUAUUACAGCAGAAAUGUUGGAUUAUUAUCAAGAAUUUUCCAAAAGAAGUGGUUUAAAUGUAUGA